UGUUUUCAUAAUGAUAAAAACUUUCAAACAUUGUUUUUCAUAUUCUUCAAAACUGAGAGAGUAUAGAGGGUAGAGUUGUAACUAUUAAUCGGAAAAUCAACACUCUUUGUAAUGAAAUAUGUCGGAAUAGCAAAUCUAGUUAGCAAAUCUAGUUCUAAAGAAAGAAGAUAAUGAACGAGCAAAAACACAAUGAUUGAUCUCAGAGUUCGGCUAAUUGUGCAUCAAAUCAAGAAGCUUGACAAGGAUGGAUACUAUUGCUAGUGUAGCGUCAAGCGUGGCUUUACCUGUGCUGCGGCAAUUUACUUAUAUAUUGAUGUACAACAGUUACCUCCAUGAUCUCGAGAAUGAGAUUCAGAAGCUGCAGAGGGAGGAGAAAGAAAUGAGGCACACUGUUGAAGCUGCCAAAAGGAACGGUGAAGAGAUCGAAGACACGGUUCGUGACUGGUUUUCUAGAGUGCAGACAGCCAUAGAAGAGGCACAGGCAUUCCUUCGUGAAGAAGACCAAGAAAGAGUUGGAUGCGUAGAUGCGGUGUACUCAAGGUACACAAGGAGUCAGAAAGCAAGAAGCUUGGUGGAUCUUUUGAUUGAAAUAAAAAAAGAAACAUUCGACCGGAUUUCAUACCGUUGUGCUUUGAAAUGCAACUUCAGUUCUGGUGCUAGAGGUUAUGUGGACUUGGAAUCAAGAACAACAAUGUUGAACGAAAUUCUUCGUGUGUUAAAAGAGGAUUCUGAUGUUCACAUGAUUGGUGUGUAUGGAAUGGCAGGGAUAGGUAAGACUGCAUUGGUGAAGGAACUAGCGUGGCAAGCCGAGAAAGAUGGUUUGUUCGAUGUGGUAGUGUUGGCUACUGUGACGAAUUCUCCUAACGUGACAAAGAUUCGAGCUGAAAUAGCUGAUGGGUUAGGUUUGAAGUUUGAUGAGCUGACUGAGGUGGGAAGAGCGAGCCGGUUACGCCAAAGGAUUAGGCAGGAGAUAAAGAUUCUUGUGAUACUCGAUGAUGUUUGGGGAGAGCUAAGCUUGAAUGAGGUCGGUGUUCCUUUCAGCGAUGAUCGUGGUGGUUGCAAAGUGUUGGUUGCAUCUAGAGAUCGUAAUGUGUUGACUACUAACUUAGGUGCAAAGAAAGUUUAUAGACUUGAAGUUUUGUCUGAGGAUGAGAGUUGGAGUUUGUUUGAAAAUAGAGGAGGGAAUGCUGUUGAAGAUGUUAGCAUUAAGCCGGUAGCGAUGAAAGUGUCGAAAAAUUGUGCUGGUUUACCCCUUUUGAUUGUUAAUGUUGUUGAAGCAUUGAAGAACAAGGAUUUGUAUGCUUGGAAAGAUGCACUUGAACAGAUAGAAAAUUUUGACUUUGAUGGAUGUUUUUAUUCUCAAGUUCAUUCUUCUAUUGAGAAGAGUUAUGAUCAUUUAGAAAGUCAAGAACUCAAAACAUUCUUCCUUCUUUUAGGUUCAAUGGGAAAUAGUUACAACGCGAAAGACUUGUUGGUGUUCGGUUGGUGUUUAGGUUUGCAUAAACACGUUGAUACGUUGACAGACGGAAGAAACGGGCUUCACAAAUUGAUCGACGACUUGAGAGAUGCGUGUUUGUUGCUCGAAGGCGGAAGAGAUUCGGUUGCGGCACUCAAAGUUGUUCGCAUUGUGGCUGCCUCCAUCGCGUCAAAGCUCAAGCCGUUCUUUACUGUCGAGAGAAACACCCAACUGAAAGAAUGGCCGAGAACCGAUUUCUUGAAAACAUGUCAUCAUAUUUUCUUGGAUCGGUGUCGCAUCCACGAACUUCCCGAGAGGUUAGAAUGUCCUAACUUAAAGAUACUCAAACUCAACUCUCAAGAUAAUAACAAUUUGAAAGUUCAUGAUAAUUUCUUUGAUCAUAUGAAAGAACUUAAGAUACUAAGUUUAGGAAAUUUGAAUUUUACUCCAUCACUUCCUUCAUCUAUUUCCCUUUUAACAAACCUCCAAGCACUUAAUCUCAAUAAAUGCAUGUUGCAAGACAUUUCUAUUGUUGGAGAAAUCAAAAGUUUAGAGAUUCUCAACCUGGAAAAAUCCGAGCUUAAAGAGAUCCCUGCCGAAAUAGGACGAUUGACUAAUCUUCGGUUGCUAGAUUUGACCGAUUGCUCGACGCUAGAAAUAGUACCUCGCAAUCUCAUAUCAAGUCUCACAAGCUUAGAAGAACUCAAUAUCGGAAACUGUAAUAAUAUUCAAUGGGAGGUUAUGGCUACUGGAAUUGAAAACCAGAAAAAUAAUUCAAGUUUAAGCGAGUUAAGAAAUUUGCAUCAACUUUCAACUUUGAAUAUGCAAAUAAAUGAUACUUCAGUUUUUCCUAGAGACUUAUUUUCCUUUGGAAGACUAGAAAGUUACAAGAUUUUGAUUGGUGAUGGCUGGAAAUUUUCUGAGGAGGAGGAUUCUGAGAACUACAAAAGUUCAACAAGAGUUCUUAAGCUAAAUUUGAGCAUGGAUCCAAGCAUGCUUUUGGAUUAUGGAAUAAAAAUGUUGACGGCUCGCGCCGAAGAUUUGUAUCUAGCUGAACUAAAAGGUGUCAAAGAAGUACUUUAUGAAUUGAAUGAUGAAGGAUUUUCACAUUUGAAGCAUCUUAGUAUUAAAAAAUGUGAUGAAAUGGAGAGCAUUAUUGGAUCAACAAAUUGGUCACUUCAUGAUAAUGUUUUCAUCAACUUGGAAUCUUUGAUACUUCACAAUAUGAUGAAAUUGGAGAGAAUAUGCAGUGAUCCAAUUCCAACAGAAGCUUUUGCAAAACUACAAGUUAUCAAAGUGAAAAACUGUGAUAGGAUGGAGUUUGUUUUGUUGAAUUCAAUGGUCAAACACCUUUCUGAGCUUGUUGAAAUUGAGAUUUCUGAAUGUGGAUUUAUGAAGUAUAUCAUUGACAAACAAAGACAAGAGGAUGAUGGAGAAAGUGACAAGAUCGCGCUCCCGAAAAUGCGUUCGCUCACGCUUGAAUCGUUACCUUCUCUUGUUAGUCUUUCUCCUGAGUCAUGCAUUAAGGAUAAUGAAAACAACAAUGAUUUCUCAAGCCAACUUUUGAAUGAUAAGGUUGAAUUUCCAAAUUUGGAGAACUUGAAGCUUUGCUCAAUCAAUGUCCAGAGAAUAUGGGAUGACAAACUUUCAGCAGAUUCUUGUUUCAAAAAUUUGACCAAAUUGACUGUAGAUGGUUGUGAAAAGUUGGCAUAUCUUUUUUCAUACUCAGUGGCUGAAAGAUUGGUCAAACUUGAACAUCUUUUAAUUAAUUCAUGCAAAUUGGUAGAGAAGAUAUUUGUCCCUCAUGAAAUUUUGAGUAACUUUGCUCAUAUUAUAAAAUCUCCUCCUCUUGAAAUGGUUCCAAUUUUCCCAAACUUGGAGACAUUAGUGAUUUCUCAAAUGGACAACUUGAAGUCAAUAUGGCCAAACCAACUUCCUCAAAAUUCCUUUGGCAAAUUAAAAAAAUUGGAAAUCACAUCAUGUGACCAACUUUUGAAUGUGUUCCCAAGUCAUGUGCAAAACAAAUUACAAAGCAUUGAAUCAUUGAAUUUAUUGCACUGUCCUGCACUACAAGUUAUAUAUGAAAUAGAUGAUAUUAGAGAGGAAGAGCUUAAAAUUCCACUAAGAACUUUAUCUUUAGGACAUUUACCAAACCUAAAGUAUUUGUGGAAUAAGGAUCCACAAGGAAAUAUCAAGUUUCAUAACUUGUUUGUGGUAAAAGCAGAAAAAUGUGAAAGUCUAAAACAUUUAUUUCCAUUCUCUGUGGCCAAAGAUCUUUUGCAACUACAAGUCCUUGAGAUAAGUGAUUGUGGUGUAGAGGAAAUUAUUGCAAAGGAUCAUCAAGGAGAGGUAGAGGAAUGUGUUGGACUUGUUUUUCCAAGAUUAGUUUCUUUGAAAUUUUUGAAUUUGAAAGAACUUAAAUGCUUUUGUAGUGGAAAUCAUAACUUUAGGUUUCCAUAUUUGAAUAAAUUAUAUGUGGUUGAGUGUCCUAUAAUGGAGACUUUCUCUCAUGGAAUCUUGAGAGCAUCAAUUCUUAGAAAAAUAUGUGUGAGUGAGAAAGGAGAUCUAUUGUAUUGGGAAGGUGACCUUAAUACUACAAUAAGAAAUCUUUUUCGUAGGGGAAUGGAUCUUCUCCUGUGAAAAUUUUCUACAAUGGAAUCUUUACCAUUCGUCUCUCUAUACCGCAUAUGGUCAAAGUUCUUAAGAGGUUACUCAAUGGUGAAGAUUUUCAUCAGACUCUCUUUAGGGAGAUGUGAUUGAAUUUUAGAGGUAUGUAUUUUUAAUAAUUCUCUAAUUGUAAUUUCUAUAUUUUUGUAUCCCUAUUAGAAAAUUCCACACACUAUUUUGUAAAUAAAGAUCUCCUUCUUCAAAAAAGAGACACGUUGUUCAAUUA